UCGGAAAAAAAGCGUUUCAAAUCCAAGUUCGCUGCGGCUGGCCGUUAGUUCGACGGGAGCUCCAUUCCAUUGUCUGUCCCGCUGCCGUCAUUCAUUCACCCACCGAGAGCUCCAGCAAUCGAACCUUGGCCGACGUCAGCCACUUACCGCCAGAGACUCGGCGUCUGGGUUUCGGAAACUCGAUUCGCCCAUUGGGUGACGGUUGUCCGCAAAGCGCCGCCACGAUGUGUUUCGGGGGUCGCGAAAAGAUCGAUGAGGCGGGCGCUGCCCGGUCGCGCGAGCUGGACAAGAUCAUCCGCGCGGACGAGAAGCGAAUGGCAAGGGAGGUGAAGCUGCUGCUGCUAGGGGCCGGCGAAUCCGGAAAAUCGACAGUCCUCAAGCAGAUGAAGCUCAUCUAUGCGCAAGGAUUCAGCAAGAACGAGAAAAUGGAGUGGAAGCCCGUGGUGUUCACAAAUAUCAUCCAGUCUUUCCGCCUAAUCUUCGACGCAAUGAACGACAAUGGCAUCAAGUUCGAGAACCCCGAAAACGAGGCAAGCAUUCCCCUCACUUGCCCCUCCCCCGCCCCCAUCUCCCCAGUCCUGCGAGGGCGUUGCCAGGUGCUUGGCCACAUACUUACCCGCUCGCGUAAACAGAAAAACAUGGCCCAGAUCAUGGUCGAUUACGAGAUGACGGCGGACGAGCCACUGCCGGAGGAGUACUUGGAGCCCGUCAAGAAGCUGUGGGUCGACGCGGGCGUUCGCAAGGCCAUUGAGAAGGGCAACGAGUACGCGCUGCACGACAACUUGGACUACUUCUGCAACGACCUGGAGAGACUUUGGGAUCGGUCCUACGUGCCCACAGACCAGGAUCUCCUGCGGUCAAGACUCAGGACAACCGGCAUCACCGAGACCAUCUUCGACCUCGGCCAGCUCACGUACCGCAUGUUCGACGUGGGCGGCCAGCGGUCAGAACGGAAAAAGUGGAUUCACUGCUUCGAAAACGUCAACUGCUUGUUGUUCCUGGUGGCCAUCUCCGGCUACGAUCAAUGUCUAGUGGAGGAUAAGGACGGCAACCAAAUGAAUGAGGCGCUGAUGCUGUGGGAGUCCAUCGCCAACUCGCACUGGUUCACGAAGUCGGCGCUCAUCCUCUUCCUCAACAAGAUGGACCUCUUCAAGGAGAAGCUCCCCAAGAGCCCGAUAACGAAGCACGGCUUCACCGACUACCACGGCCCGCCGGACGACUGGAAGCAGGCCAGCAAGUACUUCAUGGACAAGUUCCGGGCGCUCAACCGGAACCCGGAGAAGGAGAUCUACGGCCACUUCACGAAUGCGACCGACACGAACCUGUUGAAGAUCACCAUGGGUUCCGUGCAGGACAUGAUCAUCCAGCGGAACCUGAAGCAGCUUAUUUUGGUCUGAAUGAUGCGCGCCCCCAGCCCCCGCGCCAGCCCAACGCCGAGACGAAUCUGCGAGAUGAUCUACGGCGCCGGUCCAAUAACCUUCGCCUGAUUUUUGUGUUCUUUUGCUGUCUUUCC